AGAGAGAGAGAAAAGCCCGCCUCCUCAUAACCUAAAGCUAACAACUUUGCCAUUUGUGUGAAUACAAGGAGGAUUCAUAAAUACGCAUACGUAUGAUGCAAUGAAACAUGCGGUUUUUGUGAGGUUAGUAAUAGUAGGCUACUGGCCUGAAUCGCGUGAAUGCAGUUGCUUUCCGGGUACGGCGAUUCUUUUGGUUUGCCGAUCGUCGGAUAAAUAAACGCCGCCUUUGAAAUAUUGUUUUUCCGAUCCUUUUUGGUGUUCUGAUCUUCGGUUUCGGAUCUGGCGGCGGUCUAAUUCCGUUUGGUUUUCUGAUCAUUGUGUGUCGUUUGUGUCCUUUUGCUGUGCUCGGUUUAUGUUAAUAUUCUGGUCAAUUUUGUCGUGUUCGACAACAACAGCUUUGCCCGAGAAUCUUGUAGAUCCACUAGAUCGGUUGGUGUAUUUGGCAGUACUGUUUCAUUCAAGUCUGAGAUCUUCUGUGCUUGUUUGCUUCGGUGAAUUCUGAUUUGAAUUGCAUACAAAAAUGCCUGGAGGGGUGAAUUCGACGAUCCAAGAAAAUGAUAGAGCUAAAAGAGACGGCAACCUUUACGAAAUUGAGACAUCAGAAGACGAGAAGAGAAGAAUCCGAGGUAGAUCUCUGAAGAAGAAAGCAAUGACUGCUUCAACGAAGCUUACGCAUAGUUUCAAGAAACGUGGCAGACGUGUAGUUGAUUGCCGGAAUGCAGGGAUUUCCAUUGAGGAUGUUAGGGAUGCGAAGGAGGAGGAGGCUGUGAAUGCUUUUCGCCAGGCACUGAUUACAAAAGAUCUGCUUCCGGCUAGUCAUGAUGACUACCACACUAUGUUGAGAUUUUUGAAGGCAAGGAAGUUUGACCUUGAUAAAACUGUACAGAUGUGGGCAGAAAUGCUCAACUGGAGAAAAGAGUUUGGAGUAGAUUCUAUCAUACGGGAUUUUGAAUAUGCAGAAUUUGAAGAAGUCCAGCAUUGCUAUCCCCAUGGAUACCAUGGCGUUGACAAAGAGGGUCGACCUGUUUACAUUGAAAGACUUGGAAAAAUUGAACCUGCCAAGCUGAUGAGUGUCACCACGGUGGACCGGUUUUUGAAGUACCAUGUUCAGGGGUUUGAGAAGAUUUUUAUGGAAAAAUUUCCUGCAUGUUCUAUCGCUGUCAAAAGGCAUAUAGAUUCUACAAUCACAAUAUUAGAUGUGCAGGGGUUGAACUGGAUGAGCUUUGGGAAGGUUGCGCAUGAUCUUGUAAUGCGUAUUCAGAAAAUUGAUGGUGAUAACUAUCCUGAGACAUUACAUCAAAUGUACAUAGUAAAUGCUGGAAGUGGCUUCAAACUCCUAUGGAAUACAGUAAAAAGCUUUCUUGAUCCAAGGACUACUGCAAAGAUUCAUGUUCUUGGCAACAAAUUCCAAAGUAAAUUGAUGGAAACUAUUGAUGCCAGCCAAUUGCCCGAGUUUCUUGGUGGAACUUGCUCCUGCCCAAAUAAGGGUGGGUGUAUUAGAUCUGAUAAGGGACCGUGGAAUGACCCGGAAAUUAUUAAGCUGGUACACUUGGGAGAUGCCACGUACUUGAGUAAAACAAAAGGUUCUUCUGAUGGUGAAAAUCUAAAAAACAAAUUACUUUCCUGCAAGGUUAAAACGAGUGAAGUAUUUUUGGUUGAUGCAGGACAGGAUGUUAGGUCAGAUGCUUUCAGAUUCACUCAGCUACUUUCUGAUAAAGGAAAGACAGGGGACCCUGCCUCCAUGGACCACCUCAUUGAAGCAGCUAAUGACGCAGUUGAAGAAUCUAGUUCACAAAAUUUACUGCUUCUGGCAGAUGACUUAACAAGUAAUGCUUCAGAUGGAAAGCCAGUGAAGAAGUUUGUCUGCCAUGUUACCAGACUACUCUUUGGUUUUGUACUCAAAUUUCUAGUCUGGUUUGUUUUCUUAAUCCCUAGACUUGGAAGAUCAUUUCUAGUGCAAGAUGCAAAAAAACAAUUAGAGAAGCAGUCAAAUACUAAGUUGGUGGAUUCAAGGUCUCAAAAGAAAUGCAAGCCAUCAGUAGUGGAAGAGGAAUCAUUGCAUCCAUGCUGGCAGAAGCUACAACAUUUAGAAGCAAUAGUAGAUGAGCUCGUCAACAAACCUACAAAAAUUCCUCCUGAAAAGGAUGACAUUCUCCUUGAAUCCAUGAGUCGCAUAAGAUCCAUAGAACAUGAUUUACAGAAGACGAAUAAAGCAUUACUUGCAACUGCAUCAAAACAAGUGGAGCUUGCUGAGUCAUUGGAAAUUUUGAAGGGGAAUGGCUUAGCUGUUAGGAACUCUUGUUGGCCACGAUACUGCAGAUCAUUUGAUGCUGGAAGAUGAGCAUGAUAAUUUCCAUGUUUGCUGAUACUGCCAACUUACAGUUUUUGUUGACUCUUAACAAUGCUGAUACAGACAUUGAAAUUCAUUUGCUGGAUUCAAGUUCUCCCAAUCAAUGGUCAAAUUUGUUUCAAGGAAGUUGUCAAAGCUGCUAACUGAAGGAGGAGCUAUUAUCAACUAGGGUCAUCAAAAUCAAUUGUUUCUGACUGGCAUAAAGGUAACCCAGUUGUGCAUUAUCUUCCGAGUUUCUGUACAUGGUAUUUUACCUUUUCCAAUACCCCAUUUCGCCUUGAUUUGAUCAGGCUGUUACGUGAUAAAAAAUUGGACCUCACUUUGGCCAAUUACAUUAACAAACAUUUGAAAAUCAGCAUUUAUGCCUGCAGUAUUUUGUAUUUGGAGAGACUAGACUAUGGGGUUAAAAGACAUUUCAGUUACUAAUUCUGAAUACAGAAUACAGACAAAUUAUUUAG